AUGAGCUGGCUCGUCCUCCUCCUUCCGCUCGCCGCGGUCGCACACGAAUACGAAUUUCCUGCCGACCGCGUCCUCAGCGCGCUGAGCGACGGAGGCUGUCCGCCUGGCUCCGGUCUCCGCUCGUGGCUGUGUGACGCGCACAUUGAUAUUGACCACUACGAGCUUGACAAUGUCGGAGGCUUCAACAUCAAGCUGGACGGAGUCCGCUGCUCCACCUUCAAGGUUGGAGACCUCUCCUCGGCCGUGUCGCGGCGCGGCGCGCACAACGUGACUCUCAGCGUGGCGGCGGACGAGCUGUCCUUCAACUGCUCCAUCCGCCGGCUGGACGCGAAGCAGAUCGCGUUCCCACACGCGGAGGCGAUCGGCAAGGGCACCGCCGGCAUCUCGGGCGCCACACUCCGCGCCGGCCUCGUCGCGCACCUGACAGAGGGCGUGCCUCGCUCUGUCGUGACGGACGAGCGGAACUGCAGCCUGGCCGUGGACCCGAAGAGGGUGGAGCUCGACCUGACGGGCAACAUCUGGAUCAAGCUGAUCAACGCCAUCAAGGGCGUCCUCAUCCAGACCGUCGUCGGACAGCUCCCCUCCAUCGCGGACGCCGCCCUCGCGCCCCUCGUCUCCAACCUCACCGCCUACGCAGAAGCCGCCCCGCCGCCAGAGCUGCCCGAGCCGCCAUACAAGCCGGCCCUCGCAAACUGGUCCGCCUCGGAGGCGGUCGCGGUCGCAGACUACGUCCUCAACGACGUGGUCGGAACCGACGGCCCCCUCGGCCUCAACCGGAUCGCCGAGCUGCUCACCAACGGAACCGGCUCCCUCGCGCUCAACGCGUCUGGGCUGCUGCCGCCGCUCGAGCUGCCCGUCUCGCGGCUGGGCAACCUGUCGCUCAACGUCUCCCUGCUCAACCUGUCCCACCUCCCCUCCUUCGACGAGCUGAACCUGCUCAUCCCCUCCCCCUCCGAGCCCCUCACCCUCCGAGCCGCCGCCGGCAUGACCAAGCUUGGACCCGGCGCUCUCAUUCAGAAUUCCUUGUUGAUCACCGCUCGAUGGCGAGUGGAGCCGCUGGUCGGGCUGAACGACGUGCUCGCGGCGCUGCCUGCGGCGGCGCCCUGGCUGGUCGGCGUGCUCACGCACCACAGUGGCAUUGCAAACUUCUCGCUGCCGCCCGUCUCCCUCCCCCUCGGACCGCUGCUCGGCCACGGCCCGGCGCCGCGCCCGCUGCUCUUGGGCGUGCACGUGCACAGGCUGAGUGUGGGAGGGCUCGAGACCGUCCGCCGCCUCGAGCUGCUCAAGCCGCUCGCUGCGGAGCCGACCGGCCUCGAGUCGGCCGCCGCCCUCGGCCGCCUCUCCCUCGCCGCCGACGUCGAGUUUCGUCUGGCGCUGUCGGGCCGGGGCAGCAGCUGCCUGGCGCAGCAGCUGCUGUACGCUUCCCUCACCUCGCUCGGCGCGGCGCUCACGCUCGACUCGCUCGACGAGAGGCUCGUCGCCGAGCUCAACGCAGAGAUCGCGGGCACGCUCCGCCGCCUCUGGGCGCCGAGCUGCCCGCCUCGCGUGCCGUCGCGCCCCUCUAUCGUCGACUUCCGCAACACCAGCGGGCCCGCGGCACCCUUCGCGCGCGCGCGCGCAACGGUGGACGCGUACGGCGCGGCCGGCGUCGACCGGUUCGUGCGGCGCGUCCUGCCGUCGGGCGAGCUGCGGAUGGCGCGGCUGCUCGACGUCCUUCUGACGGACGAGUUGCUCGGCCGAAUCUCCGUCCGCCUCGACGGGCUCCAUGUGCGCGGGCUCGACUCCCUCUUCGAUUUGGACGUGCUGAGGCCCGACUCCGCCGACGGCCACCUCCUCCACCACCGCGUCGGCCUCGGCGGCAACGGCAGCGGCGGCGGCCGCAACGGCUCGCUGCAGCUGCGUCUCGGCGCGGCGGUCCGCUUCGGCCGGGCGGCGGCGCACGAGUACGAGGUGCUCGUCCGGGUGCGGGCCGCGGUGCUCAAGCUGGGCACGCGGCUGGUGCUCGACAGCGGCUCCUUCCUCGCCACCACCUUCGGCGAGCUGGUCGCCUCGCUGGGAAGCUGCCUCCUCUGCGACGUCGUCGGCCUCGACCUCGCCGCAAACGACACGUCGCUGCGCGCGCAGGGCUCGGACGGCCUCGAGCUCGAGGUGACGCCGCGGGGCCAGAGCCGCGCCGCCGUCCUCGCCGGCCGCGCCUUCGCCCCGUCGGUCACUCUGCCGCUCGGGCGCCUCGCAAACGACGCGCUGCACGCGGCCGCGGGCGGUCUGCUGCUGGUGACGGGCACCGCCCUCCUCCUCCUGCUGCUCUGCGGCGCCGGCGUGAGCGGCUGCGUGCGCCGCCGCCGCUGGCUGGAGCCGCUGCGCGCCAGACUGCUCGAGGCCUCGCCCCUCGCUCUGACGGCACUCGGCCCUCGCGCCGCGGCUCUGGCGCCCGCGGAGGAGGCGCCGCCGGCGCGGGCGUGGGAGUACGAGGCGGACUCGCUCGCCUCGCGAUACCGCGAGGUGCGGCUCGCGAGGUACGGGCUGCCGCUGCUGAUCUGCACCAACGUCGCGCUGUUCGUCGCUGGGAACGUGCUGCCCGGCGCGACCGUGAGGCUGAGUGUGGCCGUGGCGGGGGACUCGAUUGAGCUCCCCACCAUCAAGAAGUUCGCACUCGUCGACACGGCGUACCUCCUCUCCACACUCAUCGCCUUCCUGUCCGGCGUGUGGCCCUACAUCAAGCUCAGCCUGAUGGCGCUCUGCUGGGCGGCGCCAGCGACGCACCUCUCGCCCCUCUGGCGCGAGCGGCUCCUCCGCGCCGUCGACGCGCUCGGCAAGUGGUCGUACCUCGACACGAUGAUGCUUGUCGUCUUCACCGUCGCCUUCCACAUCCCGUUCGACUUGCCCUCGACCAGCCCGGCGGCGCCGCGCCUC